AUGGAUGAACUUCUUAUAGUAUAUCAUUUAGAAAAUGCACAGCAAUUUUGGGCUGAACUUGAGGACAUACUCACAAGAGGAGAACAAACUGUCGAAGCUGCAAAAACUUGCUUAGAUGAAUAUAUUGGGUUUCUUUCAACGUUUCAAGAUGAAUAUCUUGAGACCGAGUCUGAUUUAGCUAUUUGUUGCUUCAAGUUAUUUGACUCUCGCAUGUACGCAAAUAAUUCAGAGAUAUUGUUAGAACGGAUAAUUGAUCGAGCUGCAUUACGUGAUAACCUUAAAGAAUUGUGGGUUACAUAUCAUAUGUUGCUUUUUGCUGGCGGCAUAUAUGGAAAUUGGAAGGAAACAAAAUUCAAAAGAUCUCUAUACAAUUAUUAUUUGAAAUAUGUUGUGUUCAAAAAUUAUCGUCCUGUAAUCUUUACAAGAGAUGAACAUGAUGAGACAUACAACUAUUCCAUAAUAAAAUUAACUUUGUCAUUCAACGAACAAUUUAUGUUGGCUAAUAUGCCACACGCUAACGAAGAUGAUGGCGUUUGUGAUCAUCACGAUCACGAAAUCACUACUAAUACAGUGAUAAAUGUUCUUGCCGCUCGUAUUGGGACCAGUAAAACAUUUGGCGAGAAUGUCAUUUUUAUGCUUAAUCGUUGUGUUGAGCCACACGUUCAAAUGCUCACUCUGAAAUUACUUUAUCAGAUUUUCAUUACACCAGCAACUUACGAAUAUUUUUACACCAAUGAUCUGAUGGUACUUGUUGAUGUUAUUAUAAGAGAAUUAUAUAAUUUACCGGAAGAGAGUGAAGCGCUACGACAAACUUAUCUUCGAGUAUUGUACCCUUUAUUAAAAAAUACACAAUUGUUUAGAUUGAGAUACAAGCAACAUCAAAUAUAUAGCCUACUUAUUGAUUUGAUUGGUACAACUGAAAGUAAUUAUAUAAAAAUUUCAUCUACAACAACACAAAGAUUAGCUCAAAGAUGUUUGCAAGUAGAAUAUUUAAGCGGAAUUGUUGCAAUGUCAACUCUAUCUCAAUCUUCUUCACCGAUGGAUACAGCAAACUUAACGGAUAAAAUCAUUGAGAAUAAUAACAAUGUUAACAGCAGUCGAUCUGCAACCGGAAAUGAAGGCGCUGUUGCUGCGGGUGUAGUAAAUCGAGGAGUUAUCGUUGGUGGUGCUUAA